CUGCAUGGACUCGAGCAGUGACCGGUCAGAAAAGCACGCGCCGAUCGCGGUGGACGCGAGCGAGGCCGAUGCGGCCGCGCAGCUGGUGGCCGGGAAGGAUGUCACGCUCGACCCACAAGAAGCUUUACGACUGAGACGAAAGAUAGACUGGCAUCUUUUGCCUCUCAUGUGCAUCUUGUACCUAAUGCAAUUCGCCGAUAAGACGACUCUCGGACAGUCAGCCGUACUCGGCAUCUUACCUGGCGCCCACUUAAACCAAAACCAGUUCAACUGGCUAGGAACGAUAUUUUAUCUAAGUUAUCUUGCAUUCGAGUGGCCACAGAAUCUGGCCCUUCAACGGUUCCCAGUUGGCAAAUGGAUGAGUAUUAACAUUUUCAUAUGGGCAAUCGCAUUGUGCUCGCAUGCAGCUUGUAAAUCGUUCGGAGCACUUUUUGCUGUUCGAUUUAUAAUGGGCAUGGCAGAAGGUGCUAUCACCCCUGGCUUCAUGAUUGUGACGUCCAUGUUCUACACCCGGGGGGAACAGACACAGCGGGUUGGUUAUUGGUUCCUCAUGAAUGGUGUCGCAGUCAUCGUCUUGGGUUUCAUCGCCUUCGGCGUGCUUCACACCCAGACCGACAACUUUAUGCCGUGGCAAUGGCUGAUGAUCAUUACGGGUAUCAUCACCCUGAUCACCGCCGUGCUAUUCUGGUUCCUUUUCCCCGAUUCUCCGGCGAAUGCUUGGUUCCUCACCGAACAAGAGCGAGUGCUCGCCGUUGAGCGGAUCAAGGUCAACCAAGCGGGUGUAGAGAACAAGCGAUUCAAGAAAGAACAGCUCAUCGAGUCCUUCAAGGAUCCCAAGACUUAUAUGUUCUUCUUCUUCGCGGCCAUCUCCCAACUGACCAACCAACGCCAACUUAUUGUUAAUGAGUUCGGAUUCAGCACCAUUCAGACCACCCUCCUGGGCUGUGUAGAUGGCGUCGUUGAGAUUGUCACCAUUUAUGCUGGGGUCACCCUCGCAACGUACAUUCCAAAUGGCCGCGCAUAUGCUGGUGCUCUCAUGGGCAUCCCGGCCAUUUUGGGUUGUAUCCUUGUCAACACCCUGCCGUCCCACAACCGGGUCGGGUUGCUGUUCUCGUACUGGCUCUCGAUAUUUGGGAUCACGCCCUUCGUCAUUUUCCUGGCAUGGGUGGGACAACUCACAGCAGGGCAUACAAAACGUACUACGACAAAUGCCAUCGUUCUGAUCGGCUACGGUAUUGGGAAUGCUGCAGGACCCUUCAUGUGGAAGAAGAAGUACCAGCCAAGGAACCACGUCCCAUGGGCUGUCAUCACCGUGUGCAUCUUCGUGUACUGCUGCAUACUUCUCGGCAUACGCGCAUACUGUGUGUCCGAGAACAAGCGCCGUGAUAAUGAGCGGCGAGACGAGAACUAUGAAGACGUGUACGUGACAGUGAAGAACGAAAAUGGGACAGUCGUAGAAAAGAAGGUGGACAAAGCCUUUCUUGAUUUGACCGAUAGAGAAAAUCUCGACUUCCGUUAUGUGUUGUGA